AAAGUUAAUUAUAGCAACAUCGUAAUAUCUGUCGUUACGUCGGGAGAUGUAAAGUCUUAUAGAUAUUAUUUAGUUUUUAGUAAUUCUAUCGUUUUCAUGAACAAUUGCUUGUAAUGGUAUUUUUUACAAAAUAAUUUGUAAAUAAUAAAUCAGCUGUUAGUACAGUGGUGAUAAAAAAGUAUGACAAAUUAUUUAACUUGUACGUAAUCUGUGCGUGUAAUGUUUGUAAGGAUGAUUGUUAUCAAGUCCAAGUGAAAUGAACGCUAAUCAUGAGGAUAAUAUGUAAUGUAACUAUAUUUCGACGUCCACACCUCCUCAUUUGAUAUAUUUUAUUCAAUAUAUAUUAAAUUAUUAGUUGGUUAACGGUAAACUGGGUCACCAGUGGAUAAAGUUAUUAAACCAUAUUGAUUACAAUGAAUGAGAAAAAGUUGGUGCAGAAUUUUAAGAGUUACAUCAAUGUAUCGCCUAUGAAUAAUGGAGAUAAGAAUGGAUCUUUUCAAGAGCUGAAACCAAAACUUCUCAAUGGCGAACUUGUGGUGGGAGCGGCGCACAGCGUUGUAAUGCUGGCGCCUCUAAGCGAACGGGAUCGUGGAAGAUUCGGGUCUCUUUUCGUCACAAACUACAAGCUGUCCUUCAUACCGAUCGAUAGCUCGAGCAAUGACGAGUAUGGCCAAAGAAAUCAGCUUGUGGGUACUUUCGACGUACCGUUGACGGGCGUCGGUGCGUUAUGGCAGACCGACGGUGGGCCCAUACGGCGCAGGAGACUUCUUCCACGGUCCGAUGUACCGUCGAAAUUAAAAGGACUACAAAUUGUUUGUAAGAAUAUGAAAGUACUGACGUUCAACUUUGCGAACUCACCGAUCGGCAGCGGAAGGAAAGUGGCGAUGGCCCUGUUACACCAUGCCUUCCCGAAACGCCACGAUUUAUUAUUCGCAUUCGAGUACCGAGAACCUUACUACCCGACUCUGCCCUCAGAUCUGAACAUGUUUCAAAGACCCGGAGACUGGAAGAGAGAGCUCGAAAGAUGUGAAUGUCCACAUUGGAGAAUCACUUGUAUAAACGGAACGUCGGAUGCGUUCAUGCUCACAGCGGGCGAGACUUUAAUCGUGCCCGGUUCGGUAUUGGAUUAUAAUCUAAUAGAAGCGGCGAGGCACUUCAGAUCGGGUAGAGUGCCGAUCUGGGUCUGGGGACGACCGGAAGGAGCGGCGCUACUGAGAAGCGGGGAGCUACUACCGACGGAACAGUCGGCGACGGCCGAAAGCGUUCUCUUAGAACAAGUGCGGCGCUCCCACCCCAAGCUGACGCCGCCGCGCGUGCUGUACGUGUGCGGCGCGGGGGGCGCGGCGGGCGCGGCGGGCGCGGGCGGCGCGGGCGCGCUGCCGCCGCUGGCCGCGCUCGACGCCGCCUACAAGAAGCUGGCCGACCUCUGCACGCCCACCACGCUCGCCGGCUUCUGGACGCAGGACUCGCAGUACUACUCGUUCCUGGAGUCCAGUCGCUGGCUGCGGCAUGUUGCGUCGUGUCUGACGUUCGCGGACGAGGCCGCCACGCAGCUCUCGCAGAACGUGUCCGUUGUGCUGCAGGAGGGUGACGGCGUGGACUACAGCGCAGUAGUGUCGUGCCUGACGCAGCUGUUGCUGGACGAGCACUACCGCACUAUCUCGGGCUUCCAGUCGCUUAUACAGAAGGAGUGGAUCGCUCUGGGGCACCCGUUCUGUGACAGGCUCGGUCUUCCUCGGCCCGGCACAACGAAAGAAGAAACCGAGAAGGAACCAACAGCGCAAGUGGCACCAGUGUUCCUUCUGUUCCUGGAUUGCACCUGGCAGCUACAGCGUCAGUUCCCCGCUGCCUUCCAGUUCACCGAGACCUACCUCACAACGCUUUGGGACUGCACGCACAACCAUCUCUUCGAUACAUUCCUAUUCAACUGCCCGAGGGACAGAGAACUUGCUGUGGCGAAGAACUUCGUGCAACGUCCGUUAUGGGACUGGGAAGAGCAGUUCUCGGAGCAGGACAUCGCUCUGUUCUAUAACCCGCUAUUCGGACAAUCGACACCCUCGUCUCGACAAACGACGGGCGCGGCGCGCGCGGGCCGCCUGCAGCCGUGCGCGUCCGUGGGCGGCGUGGAGCUGUGGUCGCAGUGCUACGAGCGCUGGCUGCCGCCACUCGACGCGCCGCGCGCCGGCCACGUGCAGUUCGUGCUGCAGCACGCCGCGCUGCGCGCGCAGAUACAGAAGCUGAACGAGAAGCUGUCCUCGCUGUCGAUACUCAGUCGCCACUCGAACGGCUCCGAGACGACGGAGGCGCCGGAGGCGUCGCCGACGCCGACCGUGACGCGCUUCUUCCCCUUCAGCCUGCGGGGCACCUACGAGGUGAGCCGGAACCUGGACUCCAUGCACGUGAGCCUCAUAGACGCUAGUCAGCUGCUCGAUUCGCAGUCUUUACUCAACGCGCCGGAUUAAUUUCGACUUUGAACCGGUAGAUACAAUUUUGUCAGCGUUUACAAAAAUGAACGUUUAUAAAAUAUUAAGUGAGUAUGACUGGGCAUUGAGCCGAUUCCUUUACGUCGCCGCCGUGUGCUAAAUUAAAAAAAUGUAAAAAUAAUAUUUUCAAAUUAAGUAAUGAGGAAUAACGUAUGUUAUUAUUUAAUUAGAUGUUACAUAUUCUUUUUUUAAUGAACAAUUUGUAUUUAAGAAAAUAGCUGUAUUAUAUCAAAAUAAUAGAAAAAUUAUAUGUAAUCAAAAUAUUGAGGAUAAAGCGAUCAAGAGAUUACAUAGAACAAAAAGUAAAUAGCUAAAGCCAUUGUAUCGAAAAGUAUUAAAUAGAUUCUAAUAUAUUUUGUUCGAUGUACAUGCGUAAGCCAUGAAAUAUAUGUACAUAGUUGUAUAACCUAGCUGUAGAUAAGAUACGAGUUAAGGAAUUGAUUUGUAUAACAAUCUGGAGAAAAAAAUUACAAAUAUUUACAUGAAUAUGGCAACAUUAAUAUAUUCCAAUGCAAAAUAAGUUACAAAACAAAGUUAUCUUAAUGCAGUGUUCCUGCAUUAUUAUUUUUAAGCCACAUUCAUUUAAGUACCGAGUUUGCAUUUUAAUUUUUAUAAUAUCUUUAUGUAAUACAUAACAAUUUUUAUCUGUUACCAUGCUUGUUGUAUUAACAUUUUGUUAUAUCCUUUAUAAUUUAGUAACAACGCAGUUUUAAAUCAUUCAUAUAUCAUUUUACAUUUAAAAAAUGCUUAAAAAUCAUUAUUAUUUA